AUGAGCGCUCAAGAGAACAAUGAGCAGUCAGAAGGAGCCAGGCUCUUGGAGCUGGAGGCCAUCAAGACUUUCAUGAACACUGACGGUGCCCUCGAAGUGCUUUUGGCCAGACUUAAACGCUCUGUUGGCACCGGUGACGAGAUUGCCAAAUAUGUUAAGAGAAAGGCUCAGAUUGAAGAUGAUCAUUACACUCAACUCAGAAAGUAUGCGGGCAAUGUUCGUGGUUCUUUGAAGAAUACCAAGAAUAAGAACGAUCUGUUCUCUUCCAAGUUGGACCAAAUCAUCGAGUUUGAUGAGAGGCUUUACUCGGUGGGAUCCUCCUACGUGAAAGCCUUGAAUACGAUGCACGACGAGAUUGUCUCUUUGGUGAACACUGUUAGUCGAACGCGGAAGAAUAUUAAGGAUGAAGCCAAAAGGAAGGAGAAGGAAUGUGCAGACUCUAUUCUGAUGGCAGAAAAGGCCAAGCAGAAGUAUUACCAUUGCUGUGACGACUUGGAGCGCUUGAAGAUGUCAGAUCCCAACAAGAAGUCUUUCCUUAAGAGUAAACCGGAAGAGGAAGAAUUGCAGAGAAAGGUUGACUUAGCUGACCAGGACUAUAAGACUAAGGUGUCGGCUUGCAAGAAGUUGAAGGACGAGAUGUUGAUGAUCUACAGACCAACAAACACAAAGAAGUUGAAGAACUUGAUCUUGGAAAUGGAUAUUGCUUUGAACGUACAAUUGCAGAAAUUUGCAACAUGGAGUGAGACCCUUGUUAUGAACUCAGGUGUCUUGAUCAGUCCAUUACAAGCUGAUAAACCUUCCAUGAAGGCUCUCGCUGCUAGCAUCGAUAACGAGCUAGACUUGUACAACUAUAUCUCGAAGAACUCCAGCAACCCAACUAACAAGCUGUUGACACCUGUGGAAUAUACUCCACAUCCUUCCUUUUCGAAGCAUUCAAAGCCAGCCAAACCGUUCUUCAAUAACGCGAACAGCACCAAUAAUGUUAACAACAACAAUUCUAACAACACAUCGAACAAGAAUGUUGCAGCUGGCUCUAACUUGGCUCCAACCCAAUCGCUGCAGUCUCAGAACCAGAGAAGUAGCAGCCUGACCCUGACUGGCUUAGCUCCAGAUUACCAGGGCCAACCACCCGCUACUCCAGCAGAAAGUACAGCAAGCACAUUCACUUAUAAUUCCUUGGAUCCAAGCUCGCAUCCAAGUGACUUGACGGGUCCAAAGUCGUUGAGUCAGGUGAACCAAUAUGCUCAGCCAACGUUUGGUGUAUCAAUAGAAGACGUGAUUCAGUACGCGGGUAUUGACAACGUUCCGCUUGUUGUGAAGAGAUGCAUAGAUGUCAUCGAGAACUACGGUCUUGAUAUCGAAGGUAUCUAUCGUACCAGUGGUAACAAAACUACCGUCCAACAGCUUAAAGAAUCUAUUGAUUCCAAUUUUGCCAAUUACUUGUUGAUUGGUAAUAACAUCGAUCCAAGCAAUGUUUUGGACGCUGACAUUUAUUGCACUGCUUCUCUUAUGAAGAUCUACUUCGCCUCGUUACCCGAGCCGCUUUUGACGUCCGCCUGCUACAAAUCGUUUAUUGAGACCGUGAAAUCCACAGAUGAAACAUUUAUUGCUAAGAAGUUGCAUCAUUUGGUCUACAACUUGCCUGAUGGCGCCUACUUCACUUUGAGAUCUUUGAUUUUCCAUUUGAAUAAGGUGGGAGCUCAUCAGCAUAACAAUCGAAUGACAGCCAAAUCUUUGGCAAUUAUUUGGGGCCCUGCUCUUCUUAAUGACAAUUCGAUGUCUCCACAAGACCUAAGCUACAAGACUAAGGUCGUGGAGGAGUUGAUGCUAAUUGCUAAUGAAAUUUUCGACGCUGAUGAAUAA